AUGGCCUUCUGGAUGGAUAUCAAAUAUACGUAUCUACCCCUCAACGCCACACCAGCACGUCAUCACAUGACAUCCUUCGGCCCAACUUCCGACCUCAACCUCCCGCCUCUCAUCCACGCUACGCUUAUCGGAACAAAACUGCCGUCCCGCCCAGCACCAUGCGGCACCUUUACCGACAUCUGCGUCAUCACACCCACUGGCCUGACCGUCCGCGCCAAAGUGCCCACUAAUACCACCGAUCAAUCCAUCGCGGACGGGAAGUUCGACUACAUCCAUUAUGGAACUACUACCGCCACCAAUGCCAUACUCGAAGGCAAAGGCGUGAAAACUGGCCUCGUCGUCACAAAAGGCCACAAAGACAUCCUCAGCUUUCGCCGCAGCCAGAUGCCCGGGGGCUUGGGUGCAUGGAUCAAUUUCUUGCAGCCUGAGCCGAUCGUGCCGCCCGAGCGGACGGUGGAGGCGCCGGAGCGGGUGAGUAUUCAAGGAGAAGUGGUUAAAGAGCUGGAUCGGGAGGCAUUUCGAGCUAGUCUCGCGGAUCUGAAGAGGCAGAAACCGCAGGCGAUUAGCGUGAGCUUGUUGAAUUCGUUUGCGAAUAAUGUGCACGAGGAGGCGAUAUGGGGAAUUCUUUUGGAGGAGUUCGGACCUGAUGUUGAAGUUGUCACGUGGACGGAGAUUUUGCCAGAAAUUCAGGAGUAUGAGCGGACGGUUACGACGGCGGCGAAUGCGGCGAAUGCGCUCGUCAAGCCGAUUGUCAAGAAGUAUAUGACGGGAUUACAGAAGCUUUUGGCAGAUGAUACGGAUACGAUUCGCAUUUUGAAAAGCGAUGGAGAUUUGACGUCGACCCAUUUGGCGGGCGAGAUGCCGGUCUCCAUCUUGAUGAGGUCCAUGCAGCAGUUCUAUCUAAGCUAA